GUUUUUGAUCCUGUCCUUGAUUCGACCUCGACAAGAGAAUUAGAACACUAGUCUGACUAGUCUACGCUACUCAUUUGAUCCGUGUCAUCUAUCCAUCCACAUUUGCUGUCAUCUGGAUCCCAGUCGGCCUUCGUCCUUAACAUUGCCUUUAUAUAUACUUCAAACCCAUAUUCCGCAAUAGUCCGCCCACCUGCGGUCCCAGGAGAGGACUCGAGGACUGGGCAUCCCAAAUUAUGCAUACAAGUCUUACUACACCAUUAUCCUUCCACAAGUGUCACGAUGGAGGCUAGAGCUCUGGAACACGAGCGUCGUCUCGCCGAAUCCCAUGGCCAAGAAGCACUCAAACAUGCCAUUGCGGCCGCCGAGAUUUACAUGCGCGCAGCCGAAAAAGCCGCCAACCCCAAAGACCGCAACCGCCUACAGCGAAAAUGUAGCGACCUCAUAGCCCUUGGCGAACGACUCAAAGCCAAUGCAAAAUCCGCCGCCACUUCUGCCCGCUCGCCAGUGCCCGAAUCGACGCGGACGCUGACCAUUGCCGAGAAAACUCUUCUUCUUAAAUCGUCCAAGUUGCAUGGCAAUAUCUUUCCACCGUGGGAGAAGACACCAGCUUCGGAUGAGUUUGCCGCCUCAAAGGCAGCUGAUGGGUGCUUUACGUAUGUUAUGACAAAUUAUGGGAUAUAAAAUGGCCUUGUCUCACUGUUCCACAGGGACCAUUCACCCUUUACUCUUUCCCCUGAGCAGCAAGACAUAUUUGCCGGUUGGAAGAGGCCACAUGAGAUUUUCAUGGAUGUGCCGGAACGCGGGGUAGACGUCUUCAUGACUGCGACGGAAAGCAUUGAUCUCGGUCAGGAUUUGGCAACCGAUUGCUCGGUCGUAGCAAGCUUGUGUGCUGCUGUCCGGCAAUUCGGCCCAAGAACAGGCUCGUUGCUUUCCUCUCUCAUGUAUCCUUAUGACGACGACGUCAAACGACCAGCCGUAUCACAAAAUGGCAAGUACAUCUUCCGCAUGUACUUCAACGGCUGUUGGCGCAAGGUGCUCAUAGACGACCGUCUUCCGACCUCUUCCUCCGAGCGCACGCUUUAUGUAGUGGACCGACGCAAUCCAUAUCUCAUCUGGCCGGCAUUGAUCGAGAAAGCCUACUUGAAGAUUCGAGGCGGCUAUGACUUUCCUGGCAGCAACUCUGGCACAGACUUGCACGCUCUUACCGGUUGGAUUCCAGAGCAAAUAUUUCUUCAAACCGAUGACAUCGAGCUGAAUGAGACAUGGAGCCGUAUCAAGACAGCGUACGAACAAGGCAACGCGCUAGUGACACUCGGUACCGGCAAAUUCUCCCGUGAGGAAGAGCGAACCCUUGGCCUGGUUAGAGAGCACGACUACGCAGUACUUGACCUUCGGAACGACGGAAACAACCGACUUUUUCUAGUGAAGAACCCAUGGCGGGACAGCUUGGUAUGGACGGGUGUAGGAUCAACUGCCACCUCGAGCACCGACAGGAGCGGAUCCCCAGAAGAGAGCAUGUCCAACACCUUCUGGAUGACCUUUGAGGAUGUCCUCCAACACUUCGACUCACUCUACGUCAACUGGAGUCCUUCCCUCUUCCGGUUCCGUCAAGACCACCACUUUACAUGGACAAUCCCUCCAAAAGCCGAAGAGCUGGUCUUCACCCAAAACCCACAAUACAGCAUUCUCUCCCACACCGGCAGCCCAGUCUGGAUCCUCCUCAACCGGCACUGGCAAGACUCCGAACUCGACAUCCUCCGCGAACGCAAGCAAGAACACGACUUCCACCAGCCCUUGAAAUCCCUUGGCUACAUGUCCCUCUCCCUCUUUGCCUCCCACCCGCCCGGUACGCGCAUCCCCCUCUCCGAAGGCUCCCACCACGCCCUGCACCAAGGUCCCUUCGUCGACAGCCCCAACACGCUCCUCCGCUACUCCCCCACGCCCGGCGUUGCCCAAACCCUCGUGAUUGCUCAAUCCGACCUCCCGCUCCCUUCCUACUCCUUCACCCUCUCCUUCUUCUCUAACUCGCCCUUAACCAUCUCCCCGGCCUCCGACCCGCUUCCCUAUAACGAAACCAUCACGGGGGCCUGGACCCGCCGCACAGCCGGCGGCUCAACGGUCUACCCAUCCUACGUCACCAACCCACAAUACGCCCUCACGCUCACCCGCCCUUCUCCCUUGUCUCUGGUCCUCAGCACCGAGAGGGCUGACAACCUCCCCGUGCACAUUGCGGUUCUCUACUCCAACGGCGGACAACGCGUCACGGCCGUCGUGGGGCGGGAUCUCAUUUGUUCGAGCGCCGAGUAUCAAAGGGGGUGCACGUUUGCUUCCACGCUGCCUUCUUCCAACACUUCCAACGUUACCUCCUCCGUGGCAUCCAACAACCACGGACACACCUCCUCCUCCCUCAUCGACCCGGGUACCUACACCAUAGUCCUCUCCACCUACGAGCCCGGGCAAACAGGCCGGUACUCCCUCCGCGUCAGCGCCGCUUGCCCAUUCACUAUCGAGCCGAUCCUAUCGGACGCAGCAGGGCGUUUACGCACGCCCGCUCCCUCGCCUGCCACCUUCCGCCAAGGCGAGGGAAGGGUCCGCGCCCGCGUCGACGUCGCCAGACUCACCCGCGCCAGCGUAUUAGCGCGAUCCGUCAAGACGGGAUCUACGACGCAAAAGACGGCCAUGGUGAGAGUAGCCCUCGAACUAGGUACUAUAGAAGGACGGAAGCGAGUAUUAGCCAGCACGGCUUCAGGAGGCGGGGGCGAGUUGGCGGCUAGUCUAAGUAAUCUCAGUCUUUCGGAGAGGCUCGGAGGGAUCGGAGGGAUUGGAGGUGGACAUAUACAUGGCGGGCAAGGGACAACUGAAGGGGAUGGAUACAGCGCCAAGGGGGAGUUUGCGGAUGCUAGUCUAGGUUUAAGAACGAGGGAGGUGGAUUUGGAUCCGGAUGUGAUUAGGGUGUAUGGAGGAUUGUGGUUGGUUGUUGAGCAAAUUGGUGGUGGUGGUCAGGGUCAUGUAACUGAGGGGAGUGAUGAUGAUGGUGGUGGUGGUGGUGGAGGCGGCGGCGGAGUGCAUGUUGAAAUUUCGAGUGAUGGAGUGGUGAGUAUUGGGGAGUGGGAGGUUGCUGAUGAGGAUUGAUGACUAGAGGUACCUUUGUAGAACCUAGGAGGUUUGUUUACAUCGGAGUGGGAUUUUGAUUGGAGCAGGAUAUUGGGAGAUAGAUUAUCUUCCUUUGAAUACCACGCUCUCGAACUUGUAAAGGA